UGUCCCAAACGUCCUGUUCCAUAUGCUGUUAUAGAACAACUAGACGCUGAGUUGAAACGGUUAGAAGAAUUAGGUGUACUUAGUCCAGUUACCUAUUCGGCAUGGGCUGCUCCAAUCGUGGUCGUACGUAAAGCCAACGGGUCUAUUCGGUUGUGCGCCGAUUUCUCCACUGGGUUAAACAAUGCAUUGGAGACACAUCAAUACCCGUUACCUGUUCCCGAAGAUUUAUUCGCCAGAUUGAAUGGAGGCAAAAUUUUCUCCAAGAUCGAUUUUUCAGAAGCUUAUCUGCAAAUUGCAGUGGACGAUAAUUGCAAAGAACUACUCACGAUCAAUACUCACCGUGGUCUAUAUCGCUACAACCGAUUGCCAUUUGGCGUUAAAUGUGCACCAGCUAUUUUCCAACAGAUUAUGGAUACUAUGCUUUCGGGUAUCGACUUUGCCAUGGCAUACCUAGAUGAUAUAAUUAUUGUCAGCCGAGAAAUAAAAGACCAUAAAAAGCAUGUGGAAGCAGUCUUACAACGGAUUAAAUCUUUUGGAUUUCAUGUCCAUCGAGAUAAAUGUUCUUUUGCAAUGUCUAGCCUUACAUAUCUUGGUUCAGUUAUAGACUGUCAUGGCCGGAGGCCGGAUCCAGCAAAAAUCUCCGCUUUAGAAACUAUGCCACCUCCGACAAACAGAUCGAAAUUACAAUCCUUUCUCGGCAUGGUGAACUACUACAACCAAUUCGUACCCCAGAUGUAUCAACUACGGGCUCCUUUGAACGAGCUACUAAAGAAAGAUUCGGAAUGGAAUUGGUCUCCAGAGUGUCAAAAGUCAUUCGACGAUAUUAAGAGAAUUCUGUCAUCUAACUUGUUACUCACUCACUAUGACCCAAAGUUACCAAUAAUUGUAGCAGCAGAUGCCUCCGAAUAUGGUAUUGGUGCAGUCUUACUACACAAAUUUCCAGACGGGAAGCACAAGGCGGUAUCACACGUCUCUCGUUCUCUUGAACCAGCAGAAAAGAACUACAGUCAGAUUGAAAAGGAAGGACUGGCAUUGGUGUUUGCACUUAAAAAAUUUCACAAAAUGCUCCAAGGCCGAAGGUUUACCUUACUCACAGAUCAUAAACCGUUACUCAGCAUUUUCGGAACCAAAAAAGGCAUCCCGAUCCACACAGCUAAUCGGUUGCAACGUUGGGCCACGAUGCUUUUGGGAUAUGACUUUGAAUUAAAAUUUGUCAACACAACAAACUUUGGUCACGCUGACGCAUUAUCCAGACUAAUUGCAGAUCAUAUGAACAAGCUACCCAAUGAAGAACUGGUGAUCUCAUCCAUCUCCCACGAUUCAGAGAUAAAAUAUAUUUUUGAGAGUUCGGUCUGCCAUCUACCGGUAACGGCAUCGUUGAUCAAACAGGAAACGCAAAAAGAUGAAGAGUUAAUGAAAGUGAUAGACUAUCUCAGUAACGGCUGGCCCACACAACUAACUGAAGGUUACUGCCAAGAAUUCUUCAAACGAAGGUACGCUUUGACAUUGGAAGACGGGUGCAUAAUGUACUAUGACCGGGUUGUUAUCCCAAAGGCUCUUCAAACUCAAGUGCUUCGUCAGUUCCAUGAGGGCCAUCCCGGUAUCAGUCGAAUGAAAAUGCUUGCCCGUAGCUAUGCCUACUGGCCUCUGAUGGAUAAGCACAUUGAAGAUAUGGUAAAGGAUUGUCACGAAUGCUCUAUGGCUGCCAAAAUGCCAGUUAAAAGCGAGUUACAAUCUUGGAGAAUUCCUCAAUCAUGCUGGUCACGUGUCCACAUAGAUUUUGCAGGACCCAUACGAGAUGUUCACUAUUUGAUUAUUGUUGACGCUUAUUCCAAAUGGCCGGAAGUUUUACCAAUGCGUACUAUUACAACCCAUGCUGUCAUUUCUAACUUACGGCGAAUUUUCUCUCAAUUCGGUAUUCCUGAAGUGAUUGUAUCAGAUAACGGCCCACAAUUCACCUCAGCAGAGUUUACAGCCUUUUGCGCAGCACAAGGUAUCAACCACAUGAGAACUCCAGCAUACCAUCCACAAUCAAAUGGUCAGGCAGAAAGAUUUGUUGAUACUUUUAAACGUGCACUCAUCAAGGCACAGCGCGAGGUGAAUGUUCAACAGUCCAUCGAAAAAUUCUUGCUCGCUUAUCGAGCUACACCAAGUCGCACAAUUCCGGAUCAAAAGUCCCCAGCUGAGCUAUUUUUGGGACGACGAUUACGACUGACAUUGGACGCCAUGAAACCAACACUAGCCGCUAGCGAACGUAAUGUCACUAUGGAAAAACAGUUUAACAGACAUCACGGUGCUAAGCGACGUAGUUUCCAGAUUGGGUCUAGUGUUUUCGUGCGCAAUUUUUGUAAUGGAUCUGAACAGUGGCUACCUGGACAGAUAAUUGAACGCAAAGGUUCUGUCUUAUAUGCAGUUAAAAUGUGCCCGGAACAGCUCAGUCGGCCACGUCGAACGACUUGCGAAACUGUAAUCCAGAACAAGUACGGCGAUACUCGACCCGGACCCGUGCUCCAAUCAGAAGAUUAA